GGACAUAAAAUGCAGAGACUGAAAGAAUGAAAAGAAGAGCAACGAUGAAGGAGACUGAGAAGGAGAGAUCUGAAUGGAUAAAGGUUCCUGCCAUGCUUUCUCUGCUCCUUGCUGUGCUUACCCCAGUGCUUUGGACCACCCAUGCCAUGCCCCUUACUGUUGUCCCCUACACUGCUAAUGUUUUCUAUACCGAGUCACCACUCAGGAAAUGGGAGUUCAUCUCUCCACACGUUGCUGUUUCUAGACAGGAACCUACAGUCCAACCCUCCUCGGAGGACUUCCCUUCUCAGUCUUCACAGACAGCCUGUGACAUGAUCACAACCUGGGUGACAGAUAAGCAUACAGCGGUGAACAUAAGGGGUAGGAACGUGAUGGUGGCUUCUGAGAUCCUUACCCCUCAUGGCCGAUACAGGCAGUAUUUCUUUGAGACCAAGUGCAAUCCAAAUGGGGGUACAAGAGAUGGCUGCCGGGGAGUGGAUCUACGCUACUGGAACUCUACAUGCAGUACAGCACAAUCAUUUGUGAAGGCCCUCACAAUGGACUCGCCCAACACUGUGAGGUGGGAAUGGAUCAAAAUCGAUACUUCAUGCAUAUGCACCAUAAGCCCUAUAGAGAGAAAUGUAGAAGGAGGAAUGGGACAUUAGAGGUACAGUGAGGAAUGAACCAUGGGGCAGAGCCCAGGGCUGCCAAAUGACCAUCCAGAGAGCAGUAGAAGCUGCAACAUCCUUGCUUAUCCUGAAACAUUUUAGAGUUAGGGAGUAGCAAGUCAGUCAUGUACAUGGUUACAGAUGUUCACUUUAUGAUUUUAAAAAUAUAUAACCCUUUUCUGCAUCAAAGUAGAGCUCAUGUUUCUCAAGUAAAUAUACAUCUCAGGAAAAACUCCCACCUCAACCUUGGAAAAACACUGCCAAUCCAUGUCAACUAUGCCAAAGCUAGAUGGAUCAAAGUUCUAACUCAUUCUAAGACGACUUCCUCUGUUCCAGAGGGAAAUGGUAGUUAACUAAAGUAUCAUCUAAAAGUCAUUAAGUCUAGAGUCACUUGGGUCAUAGUCCAUGGUGCCACAUGGGCUAGUGAAGUUGUGGCUUUUUCCAUCAGACCAUAUUACAGGACAUACUCAACCAUUAUGGAUGGAUGUGCUCUCCACCUCCAGGCCCAACAAGGUAUCUCAUAAAAAUACAAGAAGACAGAGCAAAACCACAAGCUGAGUAUGAGUGCAACAACACCUUCCCACCUGUGUUGUCCAGCAACUGGUAGACAAGCAUACCGCCUCUAAUACUAGAGGCAACCUAUCAUUAUCAGAACUAGAAGCUAUUGACAGUUUUACCCACAAGAGGCACCAUUAAGGGGCAGCCUGCAUGGACUAGAGCCCUCAAUUUUUCAUUUCAGAUUCCAGAUCUUUGGGAAACCAUUUGCCUCAGUACUGUGCUCUUCGUAGGCGCUUCCUAAAUAAAGGUACUGGA